AGCUUCCGCCUUCUUGUCACAUGACUCUCGCUUCUCUUCUGGUAGUCUCGCGGUAACACCUUUGCUCAUCCGCAGAAAAGAAAGGAUUUGCAAAUGGAGGUGGUAGAAGUAAUCACUGUUUAAGCGAGAAAAGGUAUAUUCUGCCAUGUCUGAGUCUCUGUAUGAGAAGUUUUUGGCCCCAGAGGAGCCUUUUCCUCUCCUCUCCCAAAGAGCCAACCUCAGUGAUGUGGGAACCUUGGAUGUCAGUGACUUUGGCUGUCAGCUUUCAUCAUGUCACAGAACAGAUCCUCUACAUCGCUUCCACAGUAACAGGUGGAACCUCACUUCCUGUGGAACCAGUGUUGCCAGUUCGGAGUGCAGUGAGGAGCUCUUCUCCUCUGUGUCUGUAGGGGAUCAGGACGACUGUUACUCCCUUUUGGAUGAUCAAGAACUAACAUCUCUGGACCUGUUUCCAGAGGGCAGUGUUUGUAGUGACGUCUCGUCCUCCAUCAGCACCUAUUGGGACUGGUCCGACAGCGAGUUUGAGUGGCAGGUUGGUUGUUGGUUGCCAGGAAGUGACAUUGCCAGCGGUAGUGAUGUUCUUUCUGACAUCAUCCCGAGUGUGCCUAGUUCACCUUGUCUAUUUUCCAAGAGGAAACCUAAGCCCCACCCUCACCGCAACCUGGAUGAGUUACCAUGGAGUGCCAUGACCAAUGAUGAACAGGUGGAGUACAUUGAGUACCUGAGUCGGAAGGUCAGCACGGAGAUGGGCCUGAGGGAGCAGCUGGACAUCAUCAAGAUCAUCGACCCCUGUGCUCAAAUCUCUCCCACAGACAGCGAGUUCAUCAUAGAGCUCAACUGUCUCACUGAUGAGAAACUCAAGCAGGUGCGUAACUACAUCAGAGAGCACAGCCCGAGACUGCGGACCAGCAGCGCCAGAGAGGGCUGGAAGAGGAGCAGCCAUAGCAGUGCCAGCACCGGUGGUGUCAGUGGAGCCAGCAGCAGUAACGCCAGCAUGGUCAGCUCUGCUAGCUCCUCCACUGGCUCCACAGCCUCCAACUCUGUAGCCGGUGGCACAGCGUCAGCCUGUAGUGGAAGCAGUGUUGCCAACAUCAGCAGAGCUCACAGUGACGGCAACCUUUCCAGUGCUGCAGAACGUAUACGAGACUCUAAAAAACGUUCGAAGCAGCGUAAACUUCAGCAGAAAGCCCUCCGGAAGCGACAGCUAAAGGAGCAGCGACAGGCCCGCAAGGAGCGUCUGAGUGGACUGUUUCUGAAUGAGGAGGUGCUGUCUCUGCGAGUGACAGAGGAGGACGACCACGGUGAUGACCUGGACAUACUGAUGUGACACCAGUGAAUCAAUCAGUGCUCCCUCUACGCCUGCCACUACCAUAGAGCUAAUAGACCGCGCUAAUCCAGAUCAUUGCAUGUAUUAGCUUUGAGUAGGCUAAUAUGCUCAUAAUGCGUUUUUGUAACGAUGUCUGAUGGGCAGUGAUGGCUUGUAGUAGCCCUCGCAUAGCUUGUCAUAUUGCUUGCUAAUACAAGUGUAGUACCGCUAGUGUGUAAACUGAUAGCUGCUGCACUCACUUCUAAGCUAGCUAUAGCAAAAAUACUAAUGCUAAUGCUUUGAUUGCUUUGAUUUGAUUAGAUACCUCAGUCAGGCCCGCUUAUAGCCAGUACUAAUGAACGUAGAGCCCCGCAGAUACACAUAAACAUGCACUGCUGAUCACAGUUAUUUCAUCUAAAUGCACUCAAUAGGACAACUGCUUAAGCUUAUAUCCACUGCUGCUAACUCAGCCUCCACUGGCAGAAGGACAGAUCAGGCAAGAGUGAAUGAUGCUCUGUAAAAUUUCUUCAUGUACUGGGGCAGUUUCAUGCAAAUUGGCAGUAUUUUAGUUCAUUUGGUUGUAGAUUUCAUUCAUCUGGUUACAUGUUGGUCCAUACACUGUACUCUUUAUGUGCUCUGGCCCAACUAAUGUUACAGCAUGACGAAAUACCUAAAGGCCUGCAGUCAGAGUGACUUGUGUACGUACCAUGGGGCUUUAUCAGUUUUGACUUGACAGCUCAUUUACUGUAAAUAGAGUGCUCUUAAAAGAAUACACCUGGCAAAACAGCACAAGAUCUUGAGAUUGAAAUCUGACAUAAAUAAGAAAUUUCUCUGAAAGUGUGGACUCUUGAGGCCCAAGUCAGAGUUGAAGAUUAAUUUCAGGAGGAUAGCGGAAGAAAACUCAUCCUCCAAAACUCACAAAUAUACCAGAGUCCCAUCAUCUGACGAAGUGGGCUGGUCUGUCUUUCUGUCUAAGUGUUGUGGUCCCAUUUCAUUCUUAAGGCUUAGAGGGAGCACUGAAACAGUGCAUGUUUAAAUCGUCACCCAAACUGAGUCCCAGUGUGGUCCAGUAAAUAACAGCUUGCACCAUUAUUUGCAUACACCUGUUUCAAAAUAGCUUGUGUGUUGUAAAUAAAUGAUAAAUAACAGCAUAUUUACUGCUUGCUUUAAGGUUUUCCUUGGUGAUAAAGGUUUGAUAUAAAGUUUGUUUCCUUCUGUGUAUAUAUAUUAUGACAUGGUAGUGAACUGAUUGUUUAUCAUAGCUUGAAAAUGCUGUCAGUUACCAGCGAUUCUUUGAGUCUUAUUUUGAAGCAUUUGGCUGUUUUGUCACAAGUACUUAAGUUAGGUUGUUGUCUCAGACAUCUUUUAAAUGUCAUCAAGUCCUUUCUGUUUGUCUGCCAGAACCUGUGCUGAGACAGACCCGAAUAAUGAGAUUCUCCAUCAUUUACUUCAGUUUAUGUUUUUGACAACCAUGAUAACUUUUCAUUUGAGCAUUGCUUAAGUUUGGCGCUUUAACUUGAGCUGGUUUCUUAAGAAUGUGUGUCUAACAUCAAGACAAGAAGUCACCAUUCAAAAGUGUGUUAAUUUUGCUCAGUUACGAUGAUCUACAGUCAAUGAAGCACUAACACCUCAAAAAAGAGGUUUUUGUGGAAUUGUAGUAAUUCAUAUUUGCUGGAAGUAGCAACCUGAGAUUUGUUUUUUGUUUUUGUUUUUUUUGCCUACCUUGUAUAAGAACCUCUUUCCCACAGCUUCUCAGCUGUAACAUGAUGAACCACUACAGUUUCUGGCUUAAAAACCUGCUAUCAUUUCAGACACUUGUGUAUAAAGUUGUUACUUACAGCAAUUAUGUGAAAUGCAGCUUUAUGUAUUCUGCAGUUAUGAAUUAGUAAAACUCUAUUUUGAAAAGUAAGAAUUUUUGGGAAAAAAAUAAGCCAGUGUGAUGCAACAAAGUUAUUUAUGUAUAUACCAUAUAAUGGCAGAAAAUGAAUGAUGUUGAACUGAUUAAAUAUCUUUCAAAGAAA